AUGACGAGAGAACACGAUGUCGACGCUCUUCUUCCCUGUCACCUACCGACCACUGCCAGUGUCAGCCUAAGGGACCAAGCUCACCAGUCGGUCUCCUAGCCUGCUUGUACGAAAUACGGUUUUUGUUUCAAAGUUUCCUCCAGGUUUUUCUGUGGACCAAGUUGUAUAGCUAUCGUGUCAGUAAACUACUGUCGAAUGAAUGAGACACAAUCGUUCUUGAGCAGGGAGCAUCCCAGCCCUACUGCAGUUCUUAGUUCCGCCGUCUCAGAGCUGCCUACAAUUGUGCCUCGUCCCAGCUCAGACGAUGUUGUAAACAGCCCUGGAGCCCGGAGCGGACGGCAUGUGGAAUGGGACUCGACUCUACCAACUGAGGAUACUCAGCGACGACCGCCACCGCCGUCGCAAUAUCCUGGAAGGGGUACAAUUGCAGACCCAUACCUCGUGGACUGGGACUUAGGUGACCCGGAGAAUCCGUAUAAUUGGCCGACUAGAAGAAAAUGGUUGAUUACUUCCCAGCUAGCGCUCGGGACAUGGACCGUAUCAUUCUCUAGCUCAUCCUACAGCGGAGGAAUGGAGUUCCUGAGACAAGACAUACCGAUGUCAGAGGAGGUGGUCGUUUUAGGUAUAUCUCUCUACGUACUUGGAUUUGGGUGUGGCCCGCUACUUUUUGCCCCGUUGAGCGAGAUGUAUGGAAGACGCCGCAUAUUUAUCUUCACCUUCUCCACAUAUAUGCUCUUUCAUCUCGGUGGGGCACUUGGUCAUAAUGUUGCAGCUAUCCUUGCUACUCGUCUGCUGGCUGGUAUUUUUGGCUCUUCGCCACUCACAAAUGCGGGAGGAGCUAUCGCGGAUAUAUUUAAUGCUCGGGAGCGAGGCAUUGCUUCAGCGAUAUACAGUACAGCGCCAUACUUGGGCCCUGUGAUUGGACCCAUCGUCGGUGGUUUUGUGGCACAGAAUCCAAAACUAGGUUGGAGGUUUAAUUUCUGGCUUAUGCUUAUCCUUUCUGCGUAUGGCCCCGUUCUUUUAAGAAGACGAGCGAGAAGACUGGAGAAGGAGUCCGGAGGUUCUGUGAAAUAUAUCACUGCAUAUGACAUGAAGCGGCAUAUGUCUUUCAAGGACAUCAUGAGAGUCAACUUAACUCGACCUUUCCGGUUCAUGGUGACAGAACCUAUUGUCGCCGUCACCGCCCUCUACAUAUCUAUCACUUAUGCCACUCUAUACGCCCAAUUCUCUGCCUUCCCUAUUGUAUUCCAGGAGCACCGCGGAUUCAAUGCAGGCGAGGGCGGGCUGGCCUUUUUAGGUAUCGGGACAGGUGUAUUGGUAGGGACAGCAAUGGCGCCCCUCCAGAAUGUGCUUUAUUGGAGAGCCAUGGCGAAGAGUCCGUGGGGACAGGCUCCACCUGAAGCACGGCUAUAUCUCUCUAUGGCAGGUGGUGUACUUUUACCACUCGGCCUCUUUUGGUUCGCAUGGACGACGUUCCCCUCCAUUCACUGGAUCGUUCCUAUUCUCGGCGGUAUCCCUAUUGGUGCCGCUAUAGCGUUCAUCCUUCAAUCCCUCACGGCCUACAUGAUGGACGCGUACACCAUUUACUUUGCGUCUGCCAUCGCAGCCACCGUCCUUUUACGAUCGUUGUUUGCGCUUGCCUUCCCGCUGUUCAGUCCGGUGAUGUUCAGGGCAUUAGGAGACCAAUGGGGAUGUACUGUAUUUGCACUUUUAGCGGUAGUGUGUGCACCAGUUCCCGUCUUGUUCAAGAGGUAUGGGAAGUGGUUGAGGGGGAAGUCGAAGUUUGCGUGGAAGGAGCCAGAGUCAGAUCCGUCGGAUGGUCCUGGGACGUGGGCAUCGUCGCAGACGACAACGGUGAGAGAGAAGGAGAAAGAGCCGGAAUAA